GACAAACAAAUGUCAAUACGUGAUAAUUCAAAGUAUAUUUCGCAGUUCCAUGUGAUUUAGCAAUGAAGAAAUACAUCUAAUGAUUAAUUUUAAAUUCAAAGUUUGUAGGAUUACUUAGUGCUGCAGUUUUUAAUUAGUUGUUGAAAUAGUUUAGAAAAAUGUUGAAGUGCCAGGAAUUUAAUGUCACUGUUAGAAAGGCAAAAAGGGAAGAUAUGGUACAGGUCUAUAAACUGAUUAAGGCACUUGCCGAAUACGAGAAACUCGAACACCAAGUCUGCAUCGAUGACAAAAUACUGCAAGAGGACGGGUUUGACAAAGAAACCCCCGCGUUCACCUGCAUAGUGGCGGAGCUGUCCGACGGCCACAUCGUGGGUUACGCCUUGUAUUACUAUUCGUACUCAACCUGGGUGGGACGGUCGAUUUUACUCGAAGACCUCUACGUCCAACCCGCCUACAGACGUAAUGGAAUCGGCAAACAGCUGUUUAUGGCUGUCGCGAAGAUAGCGCACAACGCGAGCAUCAGAAGGAUGGAUUUACACGUUUUGUCUUGGAAUCCCGCCGUUGAUUUUUACAAGAGUCUGGGGGCGAACGACUUAACUAAGACCGAGAAUUGGCAUUUCUUUAGGAUGGACCACAACUGCUUAAAUCGGUUGUUUUCUUAAUGUCUUGCGUCUUGUAUUUUUUAAAUCAGGUGUACGAACUUUUUUAUAAUAAACGGUAGAUUUUUUUGUA